GGGCUUUUGUGGGUUUUGAGUGUGGAGAAUGAAACACAAGAAAUCGACCUGUUGAAUCAAUUGCAGUGUUUACUUUUCCAGAUUGAUUCUCAAAAGCUGUGACAGUGUUACAGAGAUUUGUGCUGCUUCCCAUCGAUGCUGAGCUGUAUGUGUGUGCUGCUUCUUCAUAGGCAUGUAUAGUUGCAUAAAUUCUGUUUUAUUUUUGGUGUGUUCCUCACAAAGUUCUCAGUCAUUUUAUAGAUUUAAUCCUAUCAUAAAGGACGAGGACAUCCAUCAAGCCCACUCCAGGGUUGGAAGGGGUUUAGGCCUGAAGGGCUUCAAAGAAGGGAUCUAAUCUUUGCAAUGAAAUGGUAUCUGUAUGAGUUGUUUCUUUUUCUCAAAACUAAAAAAAAAAAACAAAGCCAAACCGGAAAAACUCCAACAAAAAAUAGUGCUGGAGAUUCUGCAUCCUAGAUAACCUGUUUUAGUAUAUCCCCACUUUGGCACUAUAUAUAUUUGUUUCUUCAUAUUCAGGCUAUAUCUUGUUUACCAUUUGAACUGAUGUGGAAGAAUUGUUGAGUACUUUCUCUGUUUCUUGUGAUUCUUAAUGUUUGCAGGCUGUUCUGUUCCUUUGGUGUUAUCUUUUUAAGACUAAACACACCCAGGUCCUUCAGUCAUUUUCCCGGGUCAUGCUCUCUAUACUCUAGUUUUGUUUCUUUCCACAGCAGUGUCUCAGAUUUUUGCAUGUGUUUUAUGAGGAAGAAUAUGUGGGGCUGGAUGUUGUCUGUUGGCUAAAGACUCACCUGUGGGAGACCCACAGUGUGACUACUACUAUGUCCCGGGAUGACUUUUACCCUCUUUGUAAGCAACAUAAGCCUGCUGGCUUGGAAUUAAUUUCUCAUUCAGUGUGUGCUUUUUCUUUGUGACAUGUUGGAAUUACUGUUCUGUUAUUUCCACUUGAUUCCACACCUGCCUCCCCUGCCCAUAGUGUACUGCUUUGUACUGAUCUUUACUGAGAUUGGUUUGAUAGUUGUAGGUAGGUGUGCGGUUCCUGCAGCCAGAUCAAAACACUGCAAUAACAUGCCCCAAAAUCCUAAGCUGGUUUGAACUUGCUGUGUUGAGGGAUUUUAGUUUUUUUGUUGUAAGAGAAAAGUGAUAGCAUUAGUGGUCCUUGCUCAACUUGCCAAGCCAGUGUCUCACUGAUUCCUUCUUGCAUCCCUGCUCCUGAUGCCCAUGGUCACUGUGCCUGGAGAUUGGUGUUCUCUUUCAGAGAAGCCAUGGGACCCUGUCCCUUAAUUUCUUUUUGAUUGCUUUUGAUUGCAGCUUGGCCUUCCUCCCUGCAGUGUUUUUGUUCAUGGACUGAAAUUGGCAAAGGGCCAUGAGUUUAAAAAAGCAGUUUUUCCUGCUGGUUUGUUCUGAUGCUGCUCACUGGUGGAGUCUGGUGUAAGCAUGGAGAGGUGAUGCUUCGUGAAGGAGUGGGGGGCAAGGGGCAACACUGCCCUUUUCAUCCACAGCCUUAGAUUGGCUCCAACAUCCUGAAUUUUGUCUUGAGAAUGGCAGGUCCCUUUUUAUCUGGCUGUUACUUAAAGCUUUGAUAUCUUUAUCAAUUUCUUAUCUAUAGGUAACUACCAACUGAUCCUUUAAUUUGAUCAAGAAUCCUUCAGAGGAUUGAAGUUACUGGUGUGUAACUUCUCCCACCUUUUUCUUUCCUUUUAUAAAGAGAUUGGCCAGCCCGGCUGAGACCACUUAGCGAUGACAAAACAAAAACUCCUGCUUGAUGGGACGCUCUCCUUGUUGCUGAUGGUGGCCUGUGAAGCUCAGCAGCUCCCGAGGAGUCAUGUUGCUGCUAGUUCUGGUUCUCUGUGUGACAAGGAGGCAGAGUCCUGGGGACACCUGUUCAGCAGCGAGCGGCUGGAUGCCUGGAUCUGUUCCCUCAUCGGUUCCUUCAUGGUGGGGCUGAGUGGCGUCUUCCCCCUGCUGGUGAUCCCUCUUGAGACGGGAGCUGCGCUGCGCUCCGAAGCUGGGUCACACCGUUUGAAGCAGUUGUUGAGUUUUGCAAUUGGUGGACUACUGGGAAAUGUGUUUCUUCACCUGCUUCCUGAAGCCUGGGCCUACACAUGCAGUGCAACAACAGGAGAAGGGCAGAGCUUUCAGCAACAGAAGCUUCUGGGUCUCUGGGUGAUCAUUGGUUUCUUGACCUUCCUGGUGCUAGAGAAGAUCUUCCUAGAGAAAGAGGAGGAAUAUCCUGGUGUGGACUGUGAUUCCAAAGCACCAUCUGGAAAGAUUCCCAAUGGAAGUGGCUGCCCCCUGCCAAAGGGGUCCUCUCAGUCCCAAAGAGCACGAGCUCAGUGUAAUGGCUCCUCUCUCCAGUCCAGUCCAAAAAACAACAGAAUCAAGAUUAGUGGAUACCUCAAUCUGCUGGCCAACACCAUUGAUAACUUCACACAUGGCCUGGCAGUAGCAGCCAGCUUCCUGGUUAGCAAAAAGGUUGGGUUCCUAACCACAGUGGCCAUUCUCCUGCAUGAAAUCCCACACGAGGUUGGAGACUUUGCAAUCCUACUUCGUGCUGGCUUUGACCGCUGGAGUGCAGCCAAGAUGCAGCUUUCCACAGCUCUGGGGGGAAUUCUAGGGGCCUGCUUUGCAAUAUGUGCUCAGUCACCGAAAGGAGCAGGAGAAACAGUAGCCUGGAUCCUCCCUUUCACUUCUGGAGGAUUUCUGUACAUUGCCUUGGUAAAUGUUGUGCCUGAUCUUCUGGAGGAAAAGAAUCCUUGGAAUUCCCUGCAGCAAAUUCUGCUCCUGUGUACGGGCAUUACAGUCAUGGUGCUACUCGCGCUCACAACUGAGUGACCUCUGCGCAGACCUCAUGAUGCCUCCCAGAGCCACCACAGUGACUCUGAGCUUUACAAAGCAAUAAGGAACACUAAUGUUACUUCCCACGUGUGUGCGCAGGUCUGGCUGCUAGUAUGAGAAGCAGGUGACAGAGAGGUCUGGUUGUGCAAGACUUCAUUCCCUGGCUCUCUUAUCCCUGUUCUGCUAAAAUCCACACAUGAGGGCUUCUGUUCUUUUUUUGCUUGGUUGGUUUUUAUGGAGCAAAAGAUACACUGGGCAGAAACAAACUGAACAGCUGCCCCACUGUGAGUGAAUGUUUCAUUCGGUUCAUUCUGAUGGAACUGCACCUCUCAAGCUCUUGCGUGAAAACAGAGGUGAUUCCUGUAGCUGAUGAAGAUAAAGGAUUUUUCCUACUAUUUAAGGGCUGGAGGCAGAACAGGCAUGACAAAGCUUUAACCAGAACCCCCUACCCAUGAGAAGUUGAUGGUGCUAUGAGAUAGAGGGGAAGAGACCCUUUCCAACUUGAUCUCCAGCUGUUCAUUGACACCACUGGUUCCUAAAGGUAGUAUUGGCCUCAGCAGUCCAGCUCUUUUGGUCUAUUUCAUUUACAUUGAAAUUGAGCCAAAAGCUUGAGGCAUUUUAGGCUAGGUCACUACAAUUAAAUGACUCAGCUUGGAGAUUACUUGCCUCAGCCCUAACCACUCCAGUAGCCAGCACAGCCCAACUGUUUAUCUGAUAAAUGAUCAGUAAAUGUUUCUUCAAUUGCCAACUACCAGCUCGCUCAUGUCUGGAGGGAAAGCCAUGUAGCUGUUGUGACUGAGCUCCCUCUCCUCAUAACCAUUAGCUGAACGUGCCUCUGAGCCUGUUCGUGAGACCUGAUUCACGCACCAUCUGCCCCACACAAUGUUUCAGAGCUUUCUUGAGGUGUAGCAUGCUAGACCUGCCCAGCGUGCUACAGCACCUCUAGACUGUCAUGGCAGAGGUGCUUGAACACUACAGCCUGGUCAGCAGCUGAUAACUCCUGGUUAGCUUUUCCUCUGUUCAGUGUAGAUGAUUUAAGAGCAUGCUGUAGAUGGCAGCCUAUUUCUGGGGUUGUUACCUCACAGUGGAGUUCAUCUGUUGAGGACGACUGAAUAAGAAAUAAUACUUACAGCUUUUGGAUGGGAAGGUUGAAACUGCUGGGGAAAAUAUUUUUAAGCAAGGUGAGAAAGGGAUAUGAAAGGGUGACAAUAUGUAUGCUUUAAGAGGAGUUUUCUGAUGUGAUGCCUGGGAUAAAACCUUUGGCAAUUUGAGACCAAUAAAAAGAAAUAAAAUUUCUAGUGCUUUCCUCUACCCCAGCUCACAGGGCUGACCAGGCCAUAAUUCCACAGGGAUGUUUUAUUGCCAUGGAGAUGUGCACAAUUACUAGAUCAUCCCUUCUGAAUAACUUAACUUUGCUUUGAUUAAAUUUGUUUAAAAACAGGUCUAAUUAAACUAAGAGAGUCACUGAACACAAAACAGGUGCCACAGUGUGAUUUACACCAACUUGGCUCAGUCUUAUAACAGCUUUUGUGAAGCAGUACAGCUCUCCAGUCUGCCCAGGGCCUUACCAAGAGGACUCAUGCCUUGAGAGGGCAAUUUGGGUCAGAGCAGCAAGGCAGGUAGACUGCCCACAGCAGACGCAUUACUUCCCUAAGAGAUUCCUGAACUGUUGACACAGUUCUUUCUUAUGACAGCUCCUGCCCUACUUUUCACUGAGUGCUGGAGAGCUCAUGCUUGCAGAUCUGUCUGCAGGAACCCAGGAACUGCUGUCUGAAUUUUUUUCAGCUUUUUUUCCCUGGACUUCCAUUAGUAACUAGUUCCACUGCAAUGAGGAGGGAGGCUUAGUGCAAUUGUUUAUUCCUCUUUACAAAGUUGCCUUUCUGUGCCAACUACUCUCUCCAUCAUUCAAUUGUCUUAAUGUCUGAAGGUAGCAUCCAUUUCCUGCUUUCCUGGAAGGAUGAUUAAUCCAGUUAGCCUGCAGGGACUGGGGGAGUAUGCCAACCCUCUAGUUCUAGCUUUGGGGGUUCCUUCUGCCCAGGGACUGCAGCUAAGCAGGCCCUAUAACAGAGCUCUGGAGGAAGCAAGCUUGCACAGAAAGUUAUGCCUGCUGUUUCUCAAGAUGUCUUUCCCAAAAUAAGGCUGGCAUUUAAGUUGAGGCAUUGCCAGGUGAGUGCCCAUGAGUUGGCGUUGUUGCAUCAGCACUGAGCCUUGCCAAGACUGAAAACCACCGUCAGGAUUUUAUACUCAGCGUUCAGGAAUGUGAAGUGGAUGACACUGAACAAAGAAUUUCUGAGCUGUUUUUCUUGGCUGCUAUCACAGGCAUGGAUAGUCUGUGGUUCUUGGGAAGAUACCCUGGUAGGAGGCAGCAUGGGGCUGGUGGGAGGGAGGGGUUCAAUAGAUUUCUACUGCGUCAGCCCUAGGGCUGAGGAUUGAGAGCCUUGGGAGGAGAUGGAGCAUCACUCCACCACUUUUGUCACUUUUGGAAAUGCAGAGAGAAUUGUAUUUUCUAGCUCUAUUUUUUCAGCUGCUCUUAUGCAUUUUCCCCCUUCAUCUGUAUUGGUCUGCUCUGCAUGGAGACAAUAGAGAUGAAAUAAAUGGUUUUCCAUGUC